CCACCUCCGCGCAAGGGGCGGGCGGGCGGCCGGCGGAAGGAGGGGUGCCGUGCCGUGCCGUGCCGUGCCGCUGCCGGCGCGGGGGCGGCGGGGCGCGCCGGACCCGCGGCGGCGGCGGCGGCCACUGGGAUGCAAGUAUGGACAUAAUAGCCUAUGAUGAUUACUCCACUCCACCGCUUCAGAGAUAUUGAAAGGACACCUGAAUACCUCCAGCCGGAAAAGUGUGUUCCACCUCCUAGCCGCGCUUCCCUGGGAACAAUGUGGUUUAUUCGAGAUGGCUGUGGUAUUGCAUGUGCUGUCGUUACCUGGAUGCUGGUGUUCUAUGCCGACUUUGUAGUCCUUCUUGUCAUGCUAGUUCCAUCGAGAGAUUAUGUUUAUAGUGUCAUCAAUGGCACACUGUUCAACACCUUGGCUUUCCUCGCUUUGGCUUCACAUUGUCGUGCUAUGCUGACAGAUCCAGGUGCUGUACCCAAAGGUAAUGCCACAAAAGAGUUCAUCGAGAGUUUACAGCUAAAGCCAGGACAGGUGGUUUACAAGUGCCCAAAGUGUUGUAGCAUCAAACCUGACAGAGCACAUCACUGCAGUGUUUGCAAGAGGUGCAUUCGGAAAAUGGACCAUCACUGCCCAUGGGUCAAUAACUGUGUAGGAGAGAAUAACCAGAAGUACUUCGUACUGUUUACAAUGUAUAUAGCACUGAUUUCCCUGCAUGCUCUAAUCAUGGUGGGAUUUCACUUCUUGUACUGCUUUGAAGAAGACUGGACAAAAUGUAGUUCCUUCUCUCCACCAACUACAGUGAUUCUACUCAUCCUCUUGUGUUUUGAGGCUCUCCUAUUUCUAAUCUUCACCUCAGUUAUGUUUGGGACCCAAGUACACUCCAUCUGCACUGAUGAAACGGGUAUUGAGCGACUUAAAAACCAGAAGCCAACCUGGGAGAAGAUCAGCGGCUGGGAAGGAAUGAAGCUGGCAUUUGGAGGUGCCUUCUCCCUGGGUUGGUUCAACCCUUUUUCAGACCUGAACUGCGAGAGCCCAGCGCCUACUGAAGCGGUGGCAGCAUCUCCUGCGUCUGAAAUAAUGACCCAAGAAGAAAUCGAGCAGUUUCUGGCUCGAGAUGUUGCCAUCCAAAUGUUGCGUGAAUAAGCAAAGCAUCCUUCUCCUUCCAGAAGAAGCUUUCAGGUGUUUUGUUGGUUUUUUUUUUUUUUUAAUAAUUACUUGUGUUGGAGAUUUAAGGGUUGAUUUUAAACAUACUUUCUGGUGCAUUAAAAAAUUCAGGGGUAUUGGUCUAGGACAGACACUACAGCACUAUCAGAAACAAGGCAAAUCUUCAGAGGGAGGGUCAUAAGUGAUGGGGUUCAUAAGCUCCUUUUCAGACCUGUGUCAGCUGCUUUAUUGAUCUUUUCUUACAUGGCCUUUAAGGACAGUUUAUAAUUGUCAGAUAGAUUGGCUCCAGUUCUCAGAAAUGUGCCAUUCUAGGGAGUUUGGUUAAUCUUUUGUUCUUACAGCCUUUUGGAGGACUAAAUAUGUGAUGGCAAGAUUAGCCAGCUCUGAAGAUUUUCUGGAAAAAUACAUCCUUUUUAGCCCAUCCCAUAGGUGCUGCUUCUGGGUAAUGAACUUUGCUGGUGCACUGAUCUUAGUAGAGGUGGGAUACAGGGCUGUGGAUGCAGCAGAUGGAUGAGCUCACCCUGGGUGUGAUUCCUUUGGGCUCUGAAAUAUCUCCAGGGGUUAAUUUUUACCCUCUGUGCUUGUGAGACCUCCCAGGACUGGUGGUGCAUCUCAGAGGUGGUGAUGGGCUUGUGAUGGUGCCAGGUUGGAGGGAGUAUCGACCCAUGGCCAGUGCAGCAAAUGUUGGCUGAGAUGGCUGUUCUUGCUGGUGGGGGGAAGCUUUUCCCCAGGGCUGUGGUUCAUUCAUAUGUAAGAUGUGUGGAGUGGGAGCUGCCUGGCUGAGCUCUGCAGCCAGGGAGGAGGGAAGUGGUCUAUGCCAGGUACCAGGACUAUUUUUGCAGUGAAAGAGAGGGUGAUGAGGGGACCCUGUAAUGGAGGUACUACCUCUCUCCAUUUGACUGGUCUAAUUUAGAUGUUUCUCUUCUUUUCUUGGUAGCUAGAGUUGGUAGGGAAUGAAUAGUGCCUCCUAAUCUUAUUGGGAUCUUACAUUGUCCUACUAGUGCAUGCCAUUGUGCUGGGUGACCUUACACUAAUUUUGCACCCAGCCUCUGGGGAAUGCUGGUGAACCUGUAGAAGGAACACCCAUCACUUGAAAAGGGCAUCACUGCAGGAGGCAGUAGUUGCAGCAAAGUCCUGCAUAGUGUUGUUGCCAGCUGCUGCAUUCAGAUGCACUGCAAACACUUGGCAUCCCCCAGAUGUCAGGCUACUUUUAAUUUAGACUGUUCUUCGUUUGUGUUCUUUUUUCCUUCUUCUGUCAUAUCCCUCAGAUUAAUUGUCAUUAAAUUUGCAGGAGACUAGAAAUAUGCUACUGGUUUCCCCUCACAUAACAUGCUUUCUUUUAUGUCCCCCUCCUGAACCAAAGAUAACUGCUUCCUCUCAAAAUGAAGAGAAAGGAGUUUUUGGGAUGAAAGCAUGGUAUUGUGAAAGACCUGUAUGAAAAUUUUAUUAUUUAUAGGAAUAAUAUCAAAUGGAAUUUGUGCAAGAUUUUUUUUUCCUGUUUAUUCUUAAUGCCUCAGAAAGCAUCUUUGUGUGGAUUAACUGUGUGACAUUCAGGGCUGCUGUGGAGGGAUGAGAUUCUCUACUAGACUUGUCUUCUGCCACAGCAGUCUCUUUUUCUGGCAAAGGUAUUGGGAACAAAUAGAAUGCCUUGACUGUAAGGAGCACAGCUUCACCAAAAUCCUGGGGGUAUUUCUGAAUAUCUAUCCCCUGUUCUCUCUGGAUGUCUCUUCUUUUUUUUUUAGUGAAAAGUAGAUCUAGAGAACAUCUUUAGGAAUUGCGUAUUUUUAACCUUUGGGAUAAAGGGAAACACCCCACAUUUGAGGGGAAAUGAGAUAUCCUCUCAUGUCAUUUAGACAUGAGAUCUUGAAUGUCUUUGCCCUGUGCAGCAGGAUGUUGAGGGAAGAAGGUCUCCUCCUUCUGCAUUAGCCUAUGUUCAUCUCUGUCAGCAUCCCACAGGAAAGGGACAUUAAGGACAUCCACAGGUCUGUAGGGAGCAAUGGGGUUGCUGAAAGAGGAAGAGCCCUUUUUAGCUCGUGUUUUCUAAUUUUGGCUUGCUGCUCCUCCUCUGCAUCCAGUUAACACCCCUGCCUCUGGUGCUGUGUCUGCAGUGGGAAUGGUGCUACAGGGAGGAACUAAUCCAUGGCUAAAAAUCACCUUGAGGCAGGAGGAGAGGGAUUGUCAGCUUGGGAGAGACCCUCAUGCACUACAUUCCAGGGAUGCUUCUCAGGACAGGGACCCUACUCUGAGACAUGGCUUUGGGUAGGCAUGGAUGGAGGCAGCCUAAUUUCUCCUCCACUCUCAAACCUGGUUCACUUCAUCAUGAGAACAGUUGUCAUUUGCUUCUGUUUUCCAUCUCUCCUGUUGUUCCUCAGGUGCUGGCAUUUCUGGGUGUUUUUUUUAGUAGGGGAAACAGAAAAAUAGUGUGAAGAGGAGAGUAAGAGCCAGAAGAGUCAUCUCCUCUUCUCCAGUUACUGUCUGAAUGAGACAGGGAUGUGUCUCUGGGCCUUACACAGAGCACGGCCAGCCCGCUCCAGCUGUGGUGUCCCCAAGAUGUGGCAGGGUGGCUUCCUAUGCCCAGCAAAUCAGAUCUGGUAUUUCUUGGCUGUCAGUCUCCCUUGUCCCCUCCCAAAGUCCCAGUAUCCCUUGGUGUAUCUCCUUUCUGUCUCAAUGUAAUGUGUCAGCUGUCAGAAAUCACAAGUUUGAAAAAUCUGUUUUAUCCACAGCUUUUGUAUAAACUUCCUUCUUUAAUGAUUGACUGGUAGCUUAAGACUAAACACGAUUUUCAUGGAAUUGAAACUAAGCUCACUUUACCUUCCCUUCCCUCUACAUACUUCUUGCUCUUUGUUAGAGCAUGCCUUCAUGUUCAGACCAUGCUGCUAUGGUCCUGGCUGGCUCACCAGAUCCUAAGAAAGGCAUCCUGGAGAGCCUGCUUGUAAUGCCCUAAAUUUAUGGGGCUGGGGAGGAUACUCCCCUUGCACUGCUCAGUGGGACAUGGUCCUCUGAAGAUCCCAUCACUGCUCUGACAUGAGAUGUUAAUAUGUGAUGGACAGAGUUGUGGGAUAUGUGGAAUGUGUUCUCAUACUUCUCACCUGGUGUCUUCUACAGCAGGUUUUUUAUGCAAAUAGGGAAUUUACAUCACUUGAAAAAAUACAUUUUUGCUGUUUGGAACUCCUUUUGUGCCUUUGGUUGCUUUUGUACUGUCUAAAGAACUAAUACUUCAUCUGUCAAGCACCACCUGCUCCUCCCUACUCUGCGGACAUGAUGUACAUGGACCUGCACUCGCUCUCCCUGUGGAGAGGAGCUCCCACUCCCUGCAGUGGCACCACAGGAGGUGGCAUUUCAGGGACCCUGUGCUGCUUGGAGCGACACAACACUGUGGGCAGAGGGGCAGCAAGGGUCGGGGCAGCUUUGACCCCCUUCUGUGGCCUGGCAGCCACCUGUGUGUUUGUCUGGGAUUCCCCCAAAUCUUUGAAACACAAGAGAGUGUUUAAAACCUUUUUGCCUUUUAAGUCCUUUCUUUUUUUCCCCCCUCUUCUCUUUUUAUGGGCUGGCACAUAACCAGAUAUAGUCAUAAUUUCUUUUUUCCGCUGUACUGCCUUAAUGCUUGAACAUUUGACUUUUAAAUAAACAGAUAAACUACCCCCUAUA